CGCAUUUGCAUAGCAACACUGAUGCCAGUACUGUGCAAAUAAUAAGAAAUAUCACAUGAAAUACUACACAGAUUUUAUUGAUAUAUUAACAUUAAUCUGGUGUACAAAUAACCAAUAAUCAUGGAAGUAGACAAAAAACCAACAAAAAUUUCAUUCAUGACUACUCUGGAUAGAGAGCUGUUCCCAAUCAAAAUGCCUAGGAAUCGUUUUGGGAAUGAAAUAGCACCUUUAAGAGGAGCACCACACAGAGGCCCUGGUUGUUAUGAGAAUGAGGAAAAAACCAAUUUUAUUUACCAAGUCGACACAAAGCUUUUAAGCAACAAAGGUUAUUCAAUGGGAGCUAGAACAGGACCUAGGAUACGGAGAGAUUAUGUGUUUAGAACACCUUGUCCAACAAGCUACCAGAAAAACAACACAGAUCUACAAACAUUUGAAACAGAUAACAAACCAUUUUUAGUAGGAGCAGACAGAUUUCCAAUAUACAAAAGAGAUAUUGUAGAUGUAUUACCAGGGGCUGGGACGUAUGAACAUGAAAUACCAAAAAACAGAAAAGUUCAGUGGCAUCAAUCAUUUGGCGGAACACCUAUCUUAAUGCCCUCAAUUACCGUACAGAGUACAAUCAACAAAAAUACAGAUAAGUUGUACAGUACAAAAGAGGAACAGAAAUAUCACAGAAAACUGGCAUACCUGAAGCUGUAUUAUGAUUGAACUCUUCGUAGGACAAAACCAAAACAAAUAUUUAUCAUGUCAAAAAUGUAAUGUUUAAUUAUGGCUCUUUUGGAUAACGGUAACCAUGGAAAAGUAUAUUUCAGAAAUGAGAAAACACAUUUGUUAUUUCUAUUUUAUUUUGUUAAGUUUUACUUGUACAUAUGUAUUUAGACUUUAAAAGAGACCCGUUUAAUUAAUUUUAAAACGAACCUGGUUUAGAUUUGGUUAUUUUAGUACAAAAUUGAAUUCUGUGAUAUUUUACAGUCACCAUUAUUUGGAGAAUUGACAUGUGAUGAAUAAAUGAGAGUGAGAGAUGUUUAGACUACCAGAAAAUUGUCAAUUAAUCGAGGAUAAUAGAAGAUGGAUAGGAGUAACCUGUUGAAUCAACUGUGUAAGAAUCUCAAGUAUUAUGGGUAAUUUCAUUGCUCAUACACCAAAAUUAAAAUAAUGUUUAGCUAUUGGUUACAUAUUCAUUGGUUAAAACAUUGUCAACCAAUCACAUUUGGUUUCUGCUUACCCAGAUUGAAUGAGAUUCUGAAACAGUGAAUUGUGGGUAUAUUAAUGAAAAACUGCAUGGUUGAACAAGGGAGAUAAUUAAAGAAAACAAGGGUGUGUGAAAUGAAAGUUUGCAUGAAUGUGAGGUUUUAUUGAGUUUUUUUUAAUGUGGAUGUUUUAGUAUUAAGAUGAUGAAACCAUAUAAACAUUUACUAUGUUUUUUAUUUUUUUUUAAGAUGAUACUUUUAUCAUUAUUUUAUGCACAUUCUUGGACAAGAUUUUGUACGUACAUGUAUAUAUGCCACUACUAUAUAUAUAUUAUUUGUUUGGCCAUUUAAACUAAUUUUGUGAAAUUAUAUGUCCAACAAUAUGUAUUCACUAAUACAUUUCAAACCAUAUAAUCUUUAAACCAGUUUUAAGUGUCAGGUUAAAAUUCCAAGCUGAAAUUAAAAAAAAAGGAUACUGCUCACAUUGAAAUAUUCUCGUCAUAUUGUAUUUUGAUUCCUGGAAAAGUUUUAAUUACAAAUUGAAUAUUUUGUAAGAAACUGAUUAAAUGUCAAUAGUUUAGGACUUGUCAAUCUGAUUUUUCUUGCACUUCUAUGAUGUAGUAUGGAGUUAUCUCACCUUUUACUGAACUGGUACUAUUUUAAUGUUUGCAGCUUAAUUUUAUUCUUAAAGUCAUGAAGAAAAAAUUAUACAUUGGCACAUAUAGAGCAUUUAAAAAUACCAUUGAUUAUCUAAUAACUUAUCAGUGGGCGUGUUUGUACUUCUUAUAAAAAUUUGAUUGAAUAAGUUUCUAUUGUCUAAAUUUGAAUUUACAAUAUUAACUAAAUCCUAUAGUUUUUCAGUAGGGAAUGUAUGGUACAUUGAAAUUAUGUCAAAAUAAAAAAGGUCUUCAAAAACAAGCUUUUAAUAAACUAGAAAAUAUCUCUGUCAGUAGUUUUAUGAUUGUUCAAUUCUACCAUGAGAAGUAGGAACUAAGAGUACAAUAAAAUUGUUGAUCUUUAAUCAAAAAGUGAUCUUAAUCAAUGGUAUUUUCAAACAAGGUAUAUUCACCAUUAAAUAUUAUAAGAAAUGUACUUUCAAAUAUUAUAUAUUAAGAAAUAUUUACCUCAGCCAUAUUUUGCUAUUUUCAUAGAAAUUUUUCGUCAGCACAAAUACAUGUUCUAAAUAUAUUUUCUUAUCAUAUGUGCCACCUUGAAAUUUGAAGAAGUUGAUAAAGCAAGGCAAAGGUAUUUUCCAUGUAUAUCAUUAAUCUGUAAAGGUCUGUGUAAGGUAUAACCUUUUUUUUAACCUUAAUUUUAAUUUAUAAAUGAUUGCUAAUAUUAAGUUAAAACUGCAAAUAAAACAUUAAGUGGUUAAUUCCAGGGAAAAUAUAUGAUUGUUAUAUGGUACACAUGUGAUGAGAAUAAAACUUUGAC